CAACUCUCCUCGCGCGGCCCGUGACACUUGGUGGACCCUGAACGCGGAGCGGGGUUUCAACCGCUGCGCCCCACUUUCUCGGACGCGGCCCUGGACCUGGCCCCUGGCUACGGCACGGCUUCACCAUGGAGGAGGCGGACCGAAUUCUCAUCCAUUCCCUGCGCCAGGCUGGCACGGCAGUUCCUCCAGAUGUGCAGACACUGCGAGCCUUCACCACUGAGCUGGUUGUAGAGGCUGUGGUCCGCUGUCUGCGUGUGAUCAACCCUGCGGUAGGCUCUGGCCUCAGCCCCCUGCUGCCUCUCGCCAUGUCUGCCCGGUUCCGCCUGGCCAUGAGCCUGGCUCAGGCCUGCAUGGACCUUGGCUACCCUUUGGAGCUUGGCUAUCAGAACUUCCUCUACCCCAGUGAGCCUGAUCUCCGGGACCUGCUUCUCUUCUUGGCUGAACGGCUGCCCACUGAUGCCUCUGAGGCUGCAGACCAGCCUGCAGGUGACUCAGCUAUUCUCCUCAGGGCUAUUGGGAGCCAAAUCCGGGACCAGCUAGCCCUGCCCUGGGUCCCCCCUUCCUUGCGUACUCCCAAGCUGCAGCACCUCCAGGGUUCAGCCCUCCAGAAGCCUUUCCAUGCCAGCAGGCUGGUCAUGCCUGAGUUGAGUUCCAGAGGAGAACCACGGGAGUUCCAGGCCAGUCCCCUGCUGCCCCCAGCCCCGGCCCAGGUACCCCAGCUUGCUGGGAGGGCAGCCUCACUCCUCGAACACCACGCCAUCCAGCUCUGCCAGCACACGGGCCGGGACCACCCAGGGGAUGAGGACUGGCUCCGCCGGGCACCCCGCCUUGCACCCCAGGAGGAUGCAUGGGCUCGGCGGCAGCGGAUGCAGAAGCAACUGGCUGAACAUCUGCGCCAAAGUUGGGGUCCACUCAGGGCCCCCCCACAAGCCCGAGACCUGGGAGAGCUUCUGCAGGCCUGGGGUGCAGGGACCAGGACUGCUGCUCCCAAGGGAUCCCGCUUCACACAUUCAGAGAAGUUCACCUUCCACCUGGAGCCACAGGCUCAGGCAGCCCAGUUGUCAGAUGUGCCGGCCAGCUCCCAGAGGCCUGAACAGGAUAUGUGGGCAGCUCAAGAACAGGAGCUAGAGUCCCUUCGGGAGCAGCUGGAGGGAAUGAACCGCAGCAUUGAAGAGGUUGAAGCCAACAUGAAAACCCUGGGAAUCAGCCUUGUGCAGAUGGAAUCUGAGCGUCGGCAGAGCGAGUUCAGCACGGCAGAGCGUGAGCAGGCCCUGCGCUUGAAGAGCCGGGCAGUGGAGCUGCUGCCUGAUGGGGCUGCCAACCUCGCCAAGCUGCAGCAUGUGGUGGAGAGUAGUGCCCAGCGGGUCAUCCACUUGGCAGGUCAGUGGGAAAAGCACCGUGUCCCACUCCUUGCUGAGUACCGCCACCUCCGAAAGCUUCAGGAUUGUAGAGAGCUGGAAUCUUCUCGACGGCUGGCAGAGAUCCAGGAGUUGCACCAGAGUGUUCGGGCAGCUGCUGAAGAGGCCCGCAGGAAGGAGGAAGUCUAUAAGCAGCUGGUGUCAGAGCUGGAGACUCUACCCCGCGACGUGUCCCGGCUGGCCUAUACUCAGCGCAUCCUGGAGAUUGUGGGCAACAUCCGGAAGCAGAAGGAAGAGAUCACUAAGAUCUUAUCUGACACAAAGGAGCUCCAGAAGGAAAUCAACUCCCUCUCUGGGAAGCUGGACCGAACGUUUGCAGUGACUGAUGAGCUCGUGUUUAAGGAUGCCAAGAAGGAUGAUGCUGUGCGGAAGGCCUACAAGUACCUAGCUGCCCUGCAUGAGAACUGCAGCCAGCUCAUCCAGACCAUUGAGGACACAGGCACCAUCAUGCGGGAGGUUCGAGACCUUGAGGAACAGAUCGAGACGGAGAUGGGCAAGAAGACCCUCAGCAACCUGGAGAAGAUCCGUGAGGACUACCGAGCCCUUCGCCAGGAGAACGCUGGCCUCCUGGGUCGGGUCCGGGAGGCCUGAGGAGCAGCUUCCUGCGGAGGUCUCCCCCAGCCUUAGGCAGGGACUUGGAGUGCUUGAGGUGGUGGUCAAGUUCUCGCUCUGGCUGUUCCCAGCACUUGCUAUCUAGUUCCUCCCACUGCAGCCUUGAAUCCAGACCCCAUCCAUCUAGUCCCAAUCCCAACCCUUAUCUGGGGUGAUCAUCCAGCAUUUGGGAGCUCUGCUGCAGUUUAUUGGGGAGGGUACUGGGGGUUGAGAGGCCUUGGAUCCCAAAUAAAUGAGGGGCUCUCCUGCA